AAAGGGUCCAGUUUGGAGCCGGCCCUCCCUCCAGUUCAAUAUAAAUACAUGCUUCCUCGUCUCUUCCGCUCCACCCGCUCACCCUCUGCUUCUCUACUCCCUUCGUUCUUGGCCGAAUCCAUAGCCGUAUUUUUCCGAUGGAGAAUACUUUGAAGCCAAUGGACGCGGAGCAGCUGAGGGAGUACGGCCAUAAGAUGGUUGAUUUCAUCGCCGAUUACUACAAAAGCAUCGAGUCCUUUCCGGUUCUCAGCCAAGUCAAGCCUGGGUAUCUCAAGGAGCUUCUGCCAGAUUCAGCUCCUAAUCAUCCUGAAAGUUUGCAAGAUGUCUUUGACGAUAUCCGUCAGAAAAUAAUACCAGGCAUAACCCAUUGGCAGAGCCCCGAUUAUUUUGCCUACUAUCCCUCUAAUAGCAGCACCGCAGGAUUCUUAGGAGAGAUGCUCAGUGCUGGUUUUAAUAUUGUGGGUUUCAGUUGGGUAACUUCUCCAGCUGCAACAGAACUUGAAGUGAUUGUUUUAGAUUGGCUCGCUAAAAUGCUGAAGCUACCCAACCAGUUCCUUUCAGCAGGGCAGGGUGGGGGAGUCAUACAAGGCACAGCUAGUGAAGCAGUUCUUGUUGUCUUGUUGGCUGCCCGCGAUAAAACUUUGAGGAAGGUUGGGAAAAAGUCUCUCGAAAAAUUGGUAGUUUAUGCUUCUGAUCAAACACACUCUGCUUUGCAAAAGGCAUGCCAGAUUGCAGGGAUUUUUCAGGAGAACUUUAGAGUGCUGAAGGCUGAUAGAAAUUCAAACUAUUCUCUUUCUCCUGAAGUAGUUUUGGAAGCAAUUUCUAAUGACUUAUCAGCAGGCUUGAUACCAUUUUUUCUUUGUGCUACAGUUGGCACUACAUCUUCAGCAGCUGUGGAUCCUUUGUCUGGGUUAGGUAAGUUAUCCAAGGCCUAUGGCAUGUGGUUUCAUGUUGAUGCUGCAUAUGCUGGCAGUGCAUGUAUUUGUCCAGAGUACCGUCACUAUAUUGAUGGUGUGGAAGAAGCAGAUUCAUUUGGCAUGAAUGCACAUAAAUGGUUUCUUACAAAUUUUGACUGUUCACUGCUCUGGGUAAAGGCCUCCCAAGAAAAUGCUGUUGUGGAUUUCAAAGACUGGCAAAUUCCUCUUGGACGCCGUUUCAGAUCAUUAAAGCUGUGGAUGGUUUUGAGGCUAUAUGGUUUGGAGAACCUACGAAGCUACAUUAGGAAUCACAUAAAGCUGGCUGAACAAUUUGAACAACUAAUCAAAUCUGAUUGUCGGUUUGAGGUUGUGGCCCCUCGAAACUUUUCGCUUGUCUGUUUCCGUCUGCUCCCUGCAUCGGAUGAUUAUGACAAUGGUUAUAAACUGAACUACAACUUACUAGAUGCUGUCAACACCAGCGGGAAAAUCUUCAUAUCACAUACUGUUCUAUCAGGCAAGUUUGUGUUGCGUUUUGCUGUGGGAGCACCACUAACAGAAGAGAAACAUAUCAAGGAAGCUUGGAAGGUGUUACAGGACCAUGCCACGACCCUUUUGAGGAGCAUUUAGGGUUAUAUACAUGACAGAAAGAAAAAGAUUGAAACUAGUCAAUUUGGACUCACUCGCACUGUGGUUCACUUGCUACAGUCUGCCUGUCUGUAACUCCCAUGGAGAUGUUUUCUCACAGGAAAGAUUUUCACAUGAUUGCUUCUUAACAUCCAUUGGCUACUAUUUGCUUUGAUAGUAUGCAAUCCUCUGUUUCUUGGUUCUCUCUCUCAUACACAUACGGAGGAGGGUUUUUUUCCUUUUUUUUUUUUCUCUUCUUCUUCUUCUUCUUCUUCUUGUAUAACAAAAACGAAUUUUGCUAUGUAAAUGUCUUUAUCCAAAACUUUGUUCCAUUUGUUGCUGGUGUAAUCUUACACAUCUUAUGAUUUUAGAAUUAUAAUAACGUAACUGGAAGUUAGUAAUUAAUUAUAAAAUUCCUUUACUUUUGGGAGAGCUUACUGCACGGUGUGAUGGUGGUGUUUUUCUUUUUCUCUUCUUUUGGGCGGGGGUCGAGGAUGGGGGAAGAAUGUUGAUGUUUCAAGAAUGAUAUGUAAGAUUAUGAGGCACUUGCCAGCAGAUAGGAAGUACAAAUUGUCAGUGUACCCUGUUUACUUGACGUACAACGUUUCUCUCUAUUCUGAUUUUCCAUAUGCAUGACUAAGCAUAUUUUCUUUCAUUAUUAAUGACCUUGUUUUUGUUCUAUCACUACAUGAAUUCAUCCUUCUUUUCUUUGGUGUACAGUGUGUUGGUACUGGCCUCUCCAACCUUUUUGAAAGCUUGAAGUCGUUACUUCAGCGCCUCCAAAUAUCUGAUUAGUCCCUUCUCUUUCUGUCGACAAGUUUCAAUUUAAAAGGAUAGAAGCGAUGCAUUUGUACAAUCAAAUGUACAUGCAAAUUCGUAUGUGCAGGUUUAUGGAUAUUUUCAUUCAAAAUGAAUUCAUCUUUAUCGGUACCUUCUCAUCAGUAGAUCAUUUAUUAAAUAUAAUUCUUUUGCUUUCAUCAUUGUAUGAUAUUCUGAAUAAAAUCCAAAUUAGGUUCUCGUGAACCAAGCUAUCCAACAAAA